AUGCCUCUCGAUAUAGAAGAGAUCCUACGGCAGAAAAAGGCUGCAGAUGCCGCUGCUGCGAAGCCUCGCUUCAUCCCAAAAGCGCAGCGAGAGCGCAUGGCAGCCGAGCAAGCUAAGAAAGAUGAAGAAGAGAAGAGGCGCAAGAUCACAGAGGAGGCGCAAAAACGCAAACAAGACGAGAGAAAAUGGGCGGCCCGAUCCAACGGAACGCCUUCUACUACGAACGGCAUUUCAAAUGGUCCAGCCCAAGCUCCUACGGCGCCACGAUCGAUGAACCAACGAAAGGGCGAUAAUAAGAAGGGCGACAAACCUAAUGGAGAUAAGAAGUCCGCAGAAGAUAUUGAAGCCUCGCUAUUCAGGUCACGAUAUCUAGGGCCCGAGGUGAACCAGCAAUCUAACUUUUCUGCGAAGAAGAAGCGCAUGCGCACAACGGAGAAGAAGUUCAACUUUGAGUGGGAUCUAGAAGAUGAUACGUCAAGAGACAACGACCCGAUAUACAAAAACCAGACUAUUAACAGGGGCGGCUCCCAUGCUGGCCUAGGUGGCGAAUUCGAUGAAGAAGCCGAGAGACGGGCUCGCAAACGCGCGAGAUUAAUCGAAGAAAGGGACGUCGAACAUGGUAGGGAACGAGCAAGAGGCAUCAUGGAGGACUUCUACCGGGCGCGAGCCAAAGCCAAGGAGAGGGCGGAGAGAACUGGACUCGGAAGGCACUGGUCGGAGAAGAAACUCGAGGAGAUGCGCGAGCGAGACUGGAGAAUAUUCAAGGAAGACUUUGGCAUCUCGACCAAGGGUGGCGCCAUCCCAGAUCCCAUGCGAAACUGGGAGGAGUCUGGUUUACCCGGGAGAUUGCUUGAUAUCGUGGAUAGAGUGGGCUACAAGGAGCCGACGCCUAUUCAAAGAGCAGCUAUCCCCAUCGCCCUACAGGCUCGUGACCUGAUCGGUGUAGCCGUCACUGGUUCCGGUAAAACAGCAGCAUUCCUCCUCCCCCUCCUGGUAUACAUUUCCGAUCUCCCUCCCCUCACCGAAGUCAACAAGAACGACGGUCCGUACGCACUUAUCCUGGCGCCGACCCGUGAACUGGUACAGCAGAUCGAGACUGAAGCCAGGAAAUUCGCUGAGCCACUAGGCUUCCGCUGCGUCAGCAUCGUUGGUGGUCACUCUCUUGAAGAACAAGCAUUUGCUCUACGAAACGGUGCGGAAAUCAUUGUCGCCACACCGGGUCGUCUCGUAGACUGUAUCGAGAGACGACUCCUCGUCCUCUCACAAUGCUGCUACAUCAUCAUGGACGAAGCCGAUCGCAUGAUUGAUCUCGGUUUCGAAGAGUCCGUCAACAAGAUUCUCGACGCACUUCCCGUCAGCAACGAGAAGCCCGAUACAGAUGACGCCGAAAACGCGCAGCUGAUGAAAUCCUACCUCGGCGGGAGAGACAAAUAUCGACAAACGAUGAUGUACACGGCCACCAUGCCCCCACUAGUAGAACGCAUAGCGAAGAAAUAUCUCCGUCGUCCCGCCACAGCAACCAUAGGCAACGCCGGCGAAGCAGUCGACACAGUCGAGCAGCGUGUUGAAUUCGUCUCCGGCGAAGACCGCCGCAAGAAGAGACUGCAGGAGAUUCUGUCCAGGCACGACUUUGCACCCCCCAUCAUCGUCUUUGUCAACAUCAAGAGGAACUGCGACGCUGUUGCACGAGACAUCAAAUCCAUGGGCUGGUCCACCGUCACUCUGCACGGCUCCAAGACCCAGGAGCAGCGAGAAGCAGCGCUUGCUUCGGUGCGCUCAGGCGCAACGCAGGUCCUCGUCGCUACGGAUCUUGCUGGUCGUGGCAUCGACGUGCCUGACGUUUCGCUCGUCGUCAACUUCAACAUGGCUAUGAGCAUUGAGAGUUAUACCCAUCGUAUUGGUCGUACUGGUCGUGCGGGCAAGAGUGGUGUGGCGAUUACGUUUUUGGGCAACGAGGAUGCCGAUGUCAUGUAUGACUUGAGGCAGAUGUUGAGCAAGAGCUCCAUCUCAAAGGUGCCGGAUGAGUUGAAGAGACAUGAGGCUGCGCAGUCGAAGCCUGUCAAGGGUGGAGGAGCAGCCAGGAGGGAUAAGGAAGAAGCUAGUGGUGGAGGUGGUGGUGGCGGCGGUAAAGGUGGUUGGUGA